AUGGCACGGUUAUACGGGUUCCGGCGCAAGGCCUUUAUGGCGGCAGCGGCUGUUCUCUUCCUAAGUAUUGGAGCGUCGCUUGGUGCUCCAGUCACAAAAUACGAUCCCUUGGUGAUCGAUACUUUUCGCAGCCCUGCAACAAACGACCUGGGAAUUUGGCAUGGAGUUGACGAAGGGAUGCCAGCUGAAUACGGCGAAGGCUCUCUUCGCCUUAGCCCAACAAAUGCCGAUAUGAACUUCUAUACUCAGCUUUCCGGAGGGUGCACCGAUAUGACCGUGUACAAGGAUGCAUAUUUGCACGUUGUUAUCAAGGGGACCGAUAAGUUCACCAUCAGUUUCACUCAGCAUAACGCACAGUGUAACCAGAAUGUGGCCCCGUUCCCAGAAACUUGGGAUUCCGUGGAGGCUUCUCGCUAUGCAAAUGGGGGGGAUAUCUAUGUUCCUCUCUCUCACUUCAAUAUAGACCUCGCAAGGGCUAACUCGAUUGGCUUCCACGGCUUCUAUACCAAGGAAGAAGUGACAUUGUUCAAAGUUGAGGUUGUCUCUUCGCCCCCUAAUACUCUGGGUACACCCAGCAAACUUCCCACCGGCACGCUGGCGUUGAAAUGCAAAAGACCCAAUUCCUUUGCAUUUGGGAUUGAUGAUGGCCAGCCACAAUAUGCCCAGGAGGUCAUGAAUAUGCUGGCUGAAGAGGACAUCCUUGUAACGUUUUUCACUGUUGGCAAUGGGCUAUUAGACGAGACCGCCAAUUUCACAAACGUGAUGGAAGGUUUGCCAACUACCGAGGAUAUUGAUCAAGAAUUCACGAAGAACAUGCAAGUUUUCAAGGACAAGUUAGGAAUUGAAAGUCGCUAUUUCCGCCCGCCUUUCGGCAACGUCGGUGCCCGAACCAGACAACGUUUUGCUGCUUUGGUUCCGGAUCCAUACAUUAUCAACUGGAGCGUGGACAUUGAAGACUGGCUCUGGGCUGGCUCUCCAACGCCCGAGAAGCAAUUUGAAGCGUUUAAGAGAGAUUUUGAGAAAGGGGGUGAUAUUGCCGUGAUGCACUACUUGAACCCCACGACCAUCUCAUACUUCAGAGAUGUCUUUCAAUUAGUGAAGAAAUCUGGAAAGCGCAUUAUGCGUGUUGACCAGUGUAUGGAAGACCCGUCUGCACCACCAUUGAAGUGA